AUGGCGUUGAGAAAGCUGCGUAUCUGGGAGUUUAGCAAAAACAGACAGCCAGUGAACAAGGAAAGCAGCAACACGGGUUCCAGUGGGCCGAUGGAAAGCAGCCAACAGCUGCAAUGUGGAAAUCUGUCCUACAUCAGCUCAGGAAAUUCCUGCUGUAAUGGUACCCUAACUCGGGGAUUAAGCCAGCUGGUGGCUGACUGCUGUAAAUCUGAAGCUUACAAUCCCCUCAAUGAGAUUUGCUGUAAUGGCAGCGUUUUCACUCGAACCAGUGCUCACAUGACAUGCCACAGCACCAAAGAAUUGAAGUGUGGAUCAGAAACCUACAAUCCCAAGGAAGAAAUGUGUUGCUCAGGGAGUCGGUAUAGAGCAUCAGUAGUUAAUAAGUGCUGUGGGACAGAUAUUUACACUCUGUUCGAUGACCAUGUGCUGUGCUGUAAUGGAACCCUUCAUAUCAACGUUUCUAAGAAAUCCGAGUGUGUCGGAGGCGUUGUAUAUUCUCCAGACAACUCUAACUGCAACCUGUCUGCCCGGCCCCGUCUUGGCGAGCACUGUUGUGGAGGAGAAACCUUCAGUCCUGUAACACACAUUUGCUGUAAUGGACACAGCCACAACAAGACGAAUGGUAAUUUAUGUUGUGGUUCAAAUGUCUAUGACCACCACAAAAAGUUUAUGAAGUGCUGCUCGGGUCAUCUCUACAACCUUACCCAAUACAACGUGAAAGCAGAGUGCUGUGGAAACCUCUUGGUGAAUAAAACCAAUCAAACUUGCUGUUCUUCCUCAACCAAUGCCAUUCUUUAUGACACCAAACCAAAUCACCAUUGCUGUGGGCAUUACUACUACAACACGUCCCUGUGGAGCUGCUGUGCUCAACAUCUCAAACCAACACCAAGCCCUAAUAGCUCUCAUGCAGAAGACGGACUUAAACCACUGAUGGAGCUGAUUCCUGACAUAUGCAAUAAAACAGUGUUCUUUGGUAAAGUGGAGAGUGUGGCACUUGGCCCACAUAAGCGGCACAUUGUGUUGAAAGUUGUCAAUGUCGUCGAGGACCCUUGGCUUAACGUGUCCCUGGAUCACUGCAGCUCUCCUGUCCUGGAGAACGGCAUGACAUACCUUUGGGAAAAAAACAGCAAUGUGUACAAGCCUCUCUCCAUCUCUUUUGACCUAAUCUCUGACAUUCACAUGUUCUUUACUGUGUGUAAACAUAAGUGUCAGAAAGGAGGAUAGAAAUAUGGA